AUGAGGUGUAGCCUAUGUGUCCGAUAUGGCUUAGCGAAUCCAUUCGUCAAAUGGCAGAGAGGCAUCAGAAUGCGAAUAUCAGGAAGACCUAGGAUAAAAAUUUUCACAACCUGCAAGCAAAAUGCUGGGAUUAUUAUUAAACUGUUCCUGCUGUCUCUAUUUGUGGUAGAUCUUAGCUAUUUAUUCGUUGAGCAUCGAUUGAAAACGUACGUUUUCUCCUACCUUACCUCAAAGUUCGCGUCUCCAAUUUCCUUUGGCGAUUAUGACAGUUGUGAAAAGGAAAGCUGGUGGUUCAAUUUCAAUGGCAGCGGAUCAAAAUCAUGGCAAAGAAUAUUGAAGGAAGAAGAAGAGUUUCCACUCGCAUAUACAAUCAUGGCAUUUGAACGACCCGAUCAAGUAUGGCGUCUAUUGAGAUCGGUAUAUCGACCUCAGAACUAUUACUGCAUCCACUUCGACAGAAAAAGCCCUGAACUACUUAAAAAGUGGCUUCUUCGCAAGAUUUCUACCUGCAUUCCAAAGGAGAUGGCGAAAAACGUCUUUUUUAUUCCAUCUAUUGCUGUUUAUCACUCCUAUAUGUCCGUUCUUGAAGCUGAUCUCGCGUGUAUGCGAGAGUUAUGGAAAUUACCCAACAAGCAAUCUAAUUCUACUUCUCCCCCGUGGAAGUAUCUCAUAAAUCUCACUGGACAGGAGUUCCCCUUGAAGAAUAACCUUGAAUUAACACGGAUUCUGCGCGUUCUUAAUAACGCCAAUCUCAUUCAACAAAAUAAGUGA